CGGCAGACCCGGUGUUCGACUUCUAGACCCGUGUAAGUAACCAACUUGUUGCCUUUUAACCAAAAUAAGUCUUCAUGUAGAUUAUUUGUUUGUGGUAACUUAAGUGGAAUGCCCGUAAACUUAACCAUUAUUUACAUUUUCACAGUGUCUACUCACCCUAACGAGCUGAAAUUUGUGAUAUGACGUAAAUGUACUAAUAUAGGACAUUUUACACUCAAAUUAAAUGUUGAUGCUUUUUAGGGUCUUUUUUUUCUUCAAAUUUGUCGUUAGUCCGGGUUUAUUUCCGAAAAUACCACUGGAUUCGAUCGAUAAAUUCAGGUAAUCUUAACCUUGACAAGGUCAUAGAUUUAACCCGUCUUAAUCCGGCAGUUGAAAACGACACCAAUGUACUUGGAUAGACUGGGAGAAAAUCGUUUCAAGAGAUUGGGUUGGCUUUCUCGAAGCAGUCAUCUUCGUGUCCUUGUUUCUAGUUGAUCUUGUUGUUUUCUUUAUGGAUCGUUGCGUUUUUAAUAUGGAAAUUAGAUAUAAGGUGCGUCACUUUAGAUCAGCUAUGUGCUUUGUGUCACGACGAAGCAUGUCAAACAGCAAGUCGAGCAAAUCUGAAGGACGAACCAUUCUUUUUUUGACGGGGGUCCGGGUUGGAAAAUUUUCAAUUAAAUUGUUUGCAGAGGCUGUAAACACUGAAAUAAACUGUAUGCAAGUAAAAUCACAGGAAGACGAAGACACAAAAAACUGUUUGCAGCAGGAGCCUCAUAUAAAAAAUGUUUGCUUGUGAAAAUUUUCCAAUUAACGUGUUAUAAAAUAAAAAUAUCAAAUAUCCUCUAUUCAUCCUAGCUGAUCGCCGUGGUUACAUAAGCUAAUACAAAAGCCGCCGGCCGCACUGCAAAGAACUGGAGUUGCGAAAUCACACUCUUCGGGAUCCUACAAGUCGUUGUUAUGAUCAUCUUCAGUCUUAAAGCCAGGGCACUCAUCUAACUGUCAAUUAAUUGGAAACAGAAUUUCAGACUACAAUCUUUGCAGGAGUACCCGACGGAGCCGCUCGACAAAAUACCCGCUCGUCAGGCAGAAUUUGAGCUAGCUGGAAAAAAAAAAACAUUGGCUAGUUAGCUGGCUGGGAAAUCUGAAUGAGCGCCUUGCUAGCUGAAAAUAUGAAAAAUUUAUGCCGGUUCUGGCUGGAUAAAAAGGUAUAUUUUUUCUCCUGGCAAUCGCACUGUAAUUUUUUAUAUGGAUAUUAGAGCGGGCGAAGCAAGUAAGUGCGCGUGGAAAUCACCCCACGCGAGCUGUGGAAAUGACACCUUUUGCCUGUGAAAACGGAAAUUUGUUUGGGUGUGUAAGCAAAACGUCCUGCUGUGAAUACCUUGUAAAAGAUACACGUAGUGAGAAAAUGACACAGUUGAGUCAAGCACCGCUCACCGCUUUGUUUGUAGUCGUUUCGCUGUCGAUCCUUUAUAGAAAAAACUUUUGUGUGUUCGUGUUUUAAUAUGCCUGUCUACAUAUCAGCUACUGGCCUACGUUCUACUUUAAACCUGGUGUUAACGUGGCCAAAAGGUAAGCAAAAUGGUUGUGUUUCUUUGUCAGGUUGCCGUGCAUGUGUAUCGCAUUAAGAACAUUCGCUAAGGCACAUAAAUGCCAUCAAAUAUUGAGACGAUUGAAUACAAAAACUCUGUCCAAUAAAUAAUACACUCUGGCCUCUUAGCGGAGUGAACUCAGAACUGAUUUCAUUCGGUAUGCUCGUUUGCAAUGUUGUCCAGGUUUGCGCGCUCAGGAAUAUUUCCGUUGGAACCAAUUUCUCUUUUGUUAUGUGCUCACCGGGACGGGAAACCUCCUCGAUCUAUGGUCAUUUGGAAGGCGUUUAGCAACUGCACAGGUAUCUGUUAGGAUCAGAAAAGGUAGGAAGAUUUUACAUUUGUACUACCCGUAUAUUGAUGUAUUUCGCGUCCGUUAUAGUAACUGUUGUUUUUAAAAAAGGCAACAUCCAAGUGUGCCGUUGCAUUUCAAUGCUAACGUCUGUGUAGUAAAUUGUAGUAUAGCGGGCUAAAUCCCGAACGGCUAUCAUUCUUUGACUUUCAUACCAGUAUCUGUUUUGACGCUGACGCAUUUCUUGCUCUUAAAGCUUUUUAUCGUAUAAAUUGUAAGAGCUCUGUUAGCAAAUUUAUUCAUAUCUUCGAACACAGUGACUCAGAUUACAUAUUUUUGGUGAUGUUUCCCGGCUGUAGGACCUCAAUUUUGACAGCGGGCGUUACCGGCAAUGGUUACGUUUGAGAGGCUCUUUGGCCAAUGUAGAAAAAAAGAAUAAAAAAUAUUUUACAAUUUUCUUGCCAAAAAAAUGAAAGAAAAUUACAAAUGUGAACAGUAUUUACUUAUUUUCCUAAAAUUGCUGCAAGCAGGGUUUAAACUGGACUAUUGAAUAAACAAAUUAAUAGACAACUAGGUUGUUCUUUUUGCAACCAUUUGUCGUGAAGAACAGGAUAUUUUUCUUUGGAGUUUUUAUUUUCUUCUGGUUAUCAUGAAGUUAUUGCUUUCUACAAAAUAAUCGCCCUCACAACUCAACCGUAGCCUGCGCAAAAGGCGUCAUUAAGGUGCUUAGGGUUGUUUAGAGGCGCGAGCGCGAAGCGCGAGAUACGCAGUAGGACGCAGUUACGUCACGUUUGCCGUCGUCAACUCGAUUUUUAAACGUACCGAAGAAGGUUUCACCUAAGCUUAUCUUAUUGCCAAAAGCUACAAGAAUUUUUCUGUAGCUGUAUUAAAACUGAAGUACUGUUGCUGUUCGCAAAUUUACUAUGACGGUCGCUUCAAGCAAACUGAUAAAGGUAUUGCUGCAUUUAUUUUACUUUGGUGGGUCUCUCUGUACCCAAAGCAAAAUAAGCUUGCCUUCCUUGGUGUGAUCUUACUUACAUUUGUUUCAACUGCGCUUCGAUUCUAUAACUUAUAGAUGUCACACGACCAUCACAUUCACGACAUAAGGUUAUAUGCCUUUAAUAGGUGAUUGUCUGACUGCAAAACAAAACAUUCCUGACUUACAUACGACUAUUGGCUUUUGCUGCGAAACUUUGCACCAGUUCUGGUGUGAAACUUUUACGGUGAUUGCCUGACUGACCACGUACGACUACUGGCUUUUGCUGCGAAACUUUGCACCAGUUCUGGUGUGAAACUUUUACGGUGAUUGCCUGACUGACUGCGUACGACUACUGGCUUUUGCUGCGAAACUUUGCACCAGUUCUGGUGUGAAACUUUUACGGUGAUUGCCUGACUGACCACGUACGACUACUGGCUUUUGCUGCGAAACUUUGCACCAGUUCUGGUGUGAAACUUUUACGGUGAUUGCCUGACUGACUGCGUACGACUACUGGCUUUUGCUGCGAAACUUUGCACCAGUUCUGGUGUGAAACUUUUAUGGUGAUUGCCUGACUGACCACCUAAGACUACUGGCUUUUGCUGCGAAACUUUGCACCAGUUCUGGUGUGAAACUUUUACGGUGAUUGCCUGACUGACUGCGUACGACUACUGGCUUUUGCUGCGAAACUUUGCACCAGUUCUGGUGUGAAACUUUUACGGUGAUUGCCUGACUGACUGCGUACGACUACUGGCUUUUGCUGCGAAACUUUGCACCAGUUCUGGUGUGAAACUUUUACGGUGAUUGCCUGACUGACUGCGUACGACUACUGGCUUUUGCUGCGAAACUGUGCACCAGUUCUGGUGUGAAACUUUUACGGUGAUUGCCUGACUGACCACGUACGACUACUGGCUUUUGCUGCGAAACUUUGCACCAGUUCUGGUGUGAAACUUUUACGGUGAUUGCCUGACUGACUGCGUACGACUACUGGCUUUUGCUGCGAAACUUUGCACCAGUUCUGGUGUGAAACUUUUAUGGUGAUUGCCUAGCUGACUGACCACCUAAGACUACUGGCUUUUGCUGCGAAACUUUGCACCAGUUCUGGUGUGAAACUUUUACGGUGAUUGCCUGACUGACUGCGUACGACUACUGGCUUUUGCUGCGAAACUUUGCACCAGUUCUGGUGUGAAACUUUUACGGUGAUUGCCUGACUGACUGCGUACGACUACUGGCUUUUGCUGCGAAACUUUGCACCAGUUCUGGUGUGAAACUUUUACGGUGAUUGCCUGACUGACCACCUACGACUACUGGCUUUUACUGCGAAACUUUGCACCAGUUCUGGUGUGAAACUUUUACGGUGAUUGCCUGACUGACCACGUACGACUACUGGCUUUUGCUGCGAAACUUUGCACCAGUUCUGGUGUGAAACUGUUACGGUGAUUGCCUGACUGAACACGUACGACUACUGGCUUUUGCUGCGAAACUUUGCAUCAGUUCUGGUGUGAAACUUUUACGGUGAUUGCCUGACUGACUGCGUACGACUACUGGCUUUUGCUGCGAAACUUUGCACCAGUUCUGGUGUGAAACUUUUACGGUGAUUGCCUGACUGAACACGUACGACUACUGGCUUUUGCUGCGAAACUUUGCACUAGUUCUGGUGUGAAACUUUUACGGUGAUUGCCUGACUGACUACCUACGACUACUGGCUUUUGCUGCGAAACUUUUGUGGUGAUUGUCUGACGACAUACCAUUAUGGCUUCUUGACCACAGAAAAAAUGAGCGAGUAAGAUCAAACUCAGGAUGACAAGCUCUUACUAGUGCGGAGAAAAAUACUACAAGAACACGUUAUCAGUCUGGCUUUAAAAAGUAAACUGUUGCCAUAGCGUAUUUGAAAACAUGGACAGUAUUGUUUUUUUUUUACCGCAACAGAAAGGUCCUUGUUUGUAGUCAGGCGUUUACGUAAAUGACGAAAGAGGAAACCAUCCUCCCACUUUGAAACUCGAGUUAAAGACCGCAAACGUUACCUUACUUUGUGGGUUCGUGGUUUUCAGCCGUAGUGGUUAGAAGUUUCCAACGGAAAGCCUGUUUACUCGAAACUUUCUAUUAGUUCUGGUGUAGACUUUUUGCGGAGUAACAGUAGGCACGGCAUACAAUGCUGGCGAUAAGCAUGUGUCUACACUGAAUUUGGGGUGAUUUUGCAGAGGAGACCACACGUGGAUCGAGCUUACUCGUUAUGUUGUUUAUUCUUAAACUUUAUUUCACCUCAGUCGAUUAUCGUUGGAAAAAGUUGGCCUUAAGGCUUUGCGAUGAUCACUUUUUUUACGUGUUAUUGUGUUAUGGACAAAGUUCGGGAUCUUCCUUUUUAUCGUUUACCUGGCAAAAACUCAAGACUACUCCUCAAGUCCACAUUCCAAAACUUGAGUACCGCUGAAUGUCUUUAGUUGUUAUGUUAUUGUUAUGUAAUUCUUAGGGAUAGGGAAUAAUAUAUACUAAACAAAUACACUGAUCUUUUCCCUAUAUCUCAAAAAAAAAAACCGACAACUAGAUAAAAGGGUGAAACAGGUUAAACACGCUUUUCUUUUAUAUUAUGUAAAUUUGAGGUAAAACAGAUCUUGCCUACUGACUUACAUGUUUUUCUUGGCAAUGUGUUAAAUGAAACUUUGCUGGCUGGCUCAUAACUUACUUCUGCUACCGCUGGCUGGCAAACACCGAAUUCCGUUUCACUCUGGCUGGGAUUGCGUAAUUUUUGUUUUUUUAACCUUGCUGGCUGGCAAAAAACCGUCAAACAUGAUUGCUGGCUGGGAUUUUUAUUUUCUGAAAGUCUUGCUGGCUAGCAGUGAAGAGCGGGUAUUUUUUUCCCAGGAAAGUUAAAUAUUAACGUGGGUUGACGUAAAAGCACUUUGCUAGCGUUUACGACAUCGUAUAAUCAAUUUUGCGAAAAAUGUUCGUUGGGUACUCCUGUCUUUGCGGCAUUGUUGUGUUGUUAUACCGGUCCACUUUCCCAAACAUGGAUGACGAGAACGAAGAAAAACGUCUAUCCUAUGGAUGGCUUCAAAUUCGUCCUCGUUGGCUGCAGUUCCUCAACACGCCUAAGUGGUUUCUCUUCUUCUUAUCGCAGUAUUUCUUUACUCAGAGCAUCGUAGUAAAUGGAAUAUUUCCUGGUUCUAUCAGCACGACAGAGAAGCGCUUUGGGUUUACAAGGUUAGUAAACAAAGUAUCAAGUUUUACCCCGGGGUUUUACCAUUUAUACUUGGAUCAUAUUAAAAGUAUUAAAGACCAUAGAAAAAAAACGCUUAGUUCCAAAGUGAACGUACAGAAUGCAAAGCCAUUCUUCAUAUCUCAUCAGAGCGAUCAGAGCCACAAGAUUUCUGUAGUCUGCAAGGAUCAAGCAUGGAAUUAAAAUUCAAUCGAGAAACGGUCAAACGAGCAGAGGGCUGCUACAUUCUUUAGCUUUUCAAUGAUGGCUCACUCACGCGUACAGGAGUAGCCGGCAGCCGUUAUUUUUGGCGGUUGGGUGGGCAGGCGCCUUUCUUUUCGGGGAGGGAGGGGUAUUUGAAGACCAUAAAGAUGUAUAGAUUUAUUUUUUUCCCUUCUGUUCACUCAAUUAUCUGAUGAACAUACUCGUCCACGUAUAUGCGACGAUAAUAUCGUACUCUGGAAAGGGCUGACUCCAAGGGCUUGUAUGGGAGAUGGAGGCUCCAUUUGAUGGGCUCCUGACUCUGUCAGGAGCCGAUCGUUGUGGUGCUUGCGUUCUGGGGAUCUUUUGUAGUAGCCUGUGUAACGUUUUUGUGGGGGAAAAUGACACUUCUAAACUCGUGCGUCGACUUGAGUUUUGAACAGUUUGAUGUCAUCGUUGUCUCCUUUUUAGUUACAUGCCGUAAAACCCUUAUCGUUUUAUUGGCCGUGGGAGCUACACCAUUGCACGAAGCUUGCACGAGCUAAAACCUGUUAGGAAAAACUUUACUAAAUAAACUUUACAUAAAACUGACAAGUAGUUUAGCGGUCAACUUUCUCAGUUGGGAGCAGCUUAGAGUGUCCUUCAAAAAGCGACUAUGGACUUCAUGUAAACAUUUUUGUCCCGGCCGUGUUUUCGCGCUUUACAGUUUAAGGGUUAAAGGGAGUCAAGGAAAGUGACUGCGGAUAUAUAGAGCAAAUAUAGGCUUCCUACUUAUAGAUGUGUCCGUUAAGAUAGAGUUGACUGUAUGUGGUUUCAGUUACAUGUCAGGAAUGUUGGCAAGCAGCUACGACGUCGCAGCUCUGGUGGUAACACCACUGAUUAGCUACCUCGGUGGCUCAAGAAAGAAACCCGUGUUCUGUGCCUGGGGAUUGUUCACUAUGGGUGUUGGCUUUUUUGUAUUUGUGCUUCCCCAUUUUAUCUCACCUCCAUACGAAGCAGGUAGGUACAUAUCAAUCGUAUCAACGUUAAAUCGAAAUGAUAAUUCUGGUGGGAAUAUUGAAAAGCACUAAUAAUAAAUUGAAUCUGAAAACUGAACCCGAUGAAUUUCUGUUUACCGUGCCGCCCUGACCAUUUUUUGUCUUAUUUAACCUGGUCAAAAAAUGAAAUCUGAAACAAGAAAGGCAAAGGAAACACAAAGAGAAAGGUGUCCUGAAUGUACACUUAUUGAAAAAAAAAUAAAAACUGUCUUGACAUGAGAUUCACUUGAAUAGUGGCAGAAAUCAACAGAUGCUAAACUCUCGCUUCACUGACAUCCUCAAAUAAGCCCCCGAACAUUCAAGGUUUAAUAGUGUUGAAAACUACAAGAUCGUAAACUCUAAGUUAACGAAAUUGGAAUAGGUUAAGGGUGAACCCCGCGUUUUACAUCGUUAGGAUACGGCUUCAUGGUCACUCGAGAAGAAACGAUAUCUUAACUUUUAAAACAAUUAUCGGAAUACGGCGAACCUUAAGAAAUAGUAUAUAAAAUAUAAAACGGCAAAGUGAUCCAGACGGCAAGGCGAUGAACAAGUACACAAAUGAAUAAAACAAAAAAUGUAUUUCAGAACAAAUUUGCCUGGUAUUUCGGUUUGAAAGAUAAACCUUCUUCAGGAACUACAACUGUGAGAUCCGGCUCCACUCAACAGUUUCUGGCUAGAUGGACUCUCUGCUAUUUAAUACUCAAGAAAUAGCUACAGGUCAGAGAGGACAAACCUCUUUAUCUUCAGUUCUAGAUCAAAGCGUCCGUAAUUAACGUUUGGUCUGUUUAUCUCUUUGUUCUUUUUAGAUGCUAAUUUGGGCCUCAAUGGCACUAUGGAAGCUGCAAGCAAAGCAUCCAAAGUUUGCGCAGGAAAUGGAAAUUAUUAUGGCGACAAGGACGAUUGCGCGAGAGAAUCCGGCGGCAACGGCCUUUACUACGCGCUAUUCAUUCUGGGAAUGGUCGUAAUGGGCUGCGGCUGUACUCCAAUGUAUGCGCUAGGAAUUCCUUAUAUGGAUGAAAACGUCAAAGCAAAGGUAUCGCCAAUGUACGUGGGUAUAUUUGCAGCAAGUGGUAUAGCUGGUAAGUAGCUAUGAACCCUGGGAGCUACUCAACAACGUUUUAUACCGAGAGGUUCUGCCCCGAGGUCUAACCCCGUACCUGUACAUAUAACAUUUUAACAGAAAAGCCAGGUAUCCCCUUCAUAUACCUUCUGCUGACAAAUGGUACGUGUUUCACAUGCCUAGUUUAAAACUUUGCUCAACUACAACGUUUACGCGUAGCCUUAUUCAUAUACAUUGCCUCCAUUUCAAUUACGCUCGUAAAUCUUAGCACGCAAAAAUUAAACGGCAGUGGCAAUCAACCCCAAGUUAUGUAACAGUUUUCCAAAGUAAGGUUGGUGCCCUGCAUACGCUUUAAUCUUUCUUUAUAAUAACACUUACAGCACUUAUAGAGCUGUAAAAAUUCAACAUGGUUUAAAUAAUUUUAAAUAAUUUUUGGUAAUGCGACGUUUUGUAUUGUGGCCCAUUUGAGAUUUUAAUUCCGAGUAGUUGAACUCGUGGCCUACCGAGAAUGUAAAACAAGCAAUCAGAGACGGAUUUGACUAAUCUCGUACCUAAGCGGACCAAGGCUGUCUUUUUAUAUGGGAAUUACUUGAAAGAGUUUGUUAGCCCUAGUUAGGAACGUAAUCAAGAAUUCCUUUCUUCAGCCACACCACAGGGUCAAGUGCUAUCUAUUACAGAGUGAGAUCUGGGUACGACAUUAGGAUUUGACUACUCGAGGCCUCCAGAUUGCAAUUCCAUCGCUUCAACUGCUUGGCCACGGUGCCUCCACGUAAUAAAAUAGUUAUGCUGGUCAUUUGUUGGCUGAAUUUAAACAUUAUUAUUACAGGAGCUGCACUGGGCUUUGUUUUUAUCUCCCUGUUUCUUUCAAUAUUUGUGGAACUUGGAGUCCAGACUACACUAACAAGAAGCGACAAGGCUUGGGUAGGAAACUGGUGGCUCGGCUUUCUGAUAUUUGGAGCGAUCUGCAUCUUUUGGAGUGUUUGGUUGCUAGGAUUUCCAAAGGAGUUCCCGCUGACCAAAAAGUUAAGGGAAAGGAUGGAAACAAAGACAAGUAAGGUACGUUCUAUUGAAGUUAUGUUAAACGCACAUCAAGACAAUAUUUUGACGUAAGAUAUGUGUUAUCGUUUCUUUCUUUCUUCUUUCGGCAGGCCAACCUGGAAAUAAGUCCCCUUUCUCCCUCUUGAAUUAGCGGCAGCAAAUAUAGGAGUUUUUGCUGUAUUACCGCGCAGUUUUGCCGUACAUCAGUCGCCAUAAUACGUGGGCCGGCUACAAAGCAGGCUACCAUAACAACAUUCUGUCUUUAAGGUAGUGGCGCGUGGACUUGAUGACGUUUCAAACAAUGGAUUAAAUUUUGCUGACGUCCCAGGAAUUAUACUUACCUUUAGAGAGCUUUAGAUUCUAAAAGACGAGUACGACCAUGAGUACGAGGUUUUCUCAAUUCUACGUAGUGCUCGCGCCAGAACCAGCGUCAUUUUUGCGGGAAAAUGCAGUAGCCGUCGUCAUUUUACUACGAGUUUUAACACGAAUGUCGUGCCGGCAAUAACAAGAUAUUUAACAAUUAUUCUUCGAGUCUGCAUGUGCUCUGAGUCGAUAGCCCAUGAGGCCGAAGGCCGAAUCGGGCUAUUGACUUAGAGGCCAUUUAGACUCGAGGAAUAAUUGCUUAAGUAAAAUUCAACUAGUUGGUCAAAAAUAUCAAGACAAAACAAUUUUAGCUAGCAAAACGCGAUUCAGCCGCCAUUGUUUUGGUUUUCAAAGCCGGCGCUUUUUGCUACGGAUGGGCUAUAACAUAUAGCCUAGUAGUAGCUCAACCAAUCAGAACGCAGCAUUGAUAAUAGACCACUAGUUGGAUUUUACUAACAAAUGUUGGAAGUUUUAUCAUUUUUCGAUCGGGAAAGCGCGUAACCUCCUUCACUAAAGAUAACAGUGCUAACCUUUCUAGUGAAAUAUGGUAAAACAAGAGAGAAUGAGCUCAUUCUCUCUUGGGUAAAAUGAAGCUUUCUGGGGCGUUUAUGUUUUGAGAAUACGCGCAAAAAAAAUUUUAAGUCAAAUCUCGUACUCGUAGUCGUCCUAGUCUUCGAUAGUGAAAUACAAUCUGGGCCAACGCCCUAAGAUUCUUUCUCUGUCUCAUUACUCUCUCGCAAACAUCUUCCAUGCACCACUUUAUAAGUUAAAAGGCUGUAUCUUCUUCAGAUUUCAAGAUUUAUAAAACUACAUAUUCUGGCCUGAAGUAGUGCCAAAUUCAAAGUAUCAGGAACGUGUAGUCCUUCCUCAAGACCUUCUGUGUCUACCAUCGAGAUACAGAAAUGAAUAUACAUCACUUUUACUGACUUGGUGUACGAUUUUGAAUCCCAGGAAGAAGAGGCUGGCUUCUAUAAGUUAAAGGAUCUUCCUAAAGCAACGAAACUGGUCUAUUCAAACCUCCCAUUCCUUUUUAUCACUAUCGGAACGUGCCUGGAAAGUUUUCAAAUCUCAGCCGGUGGAGCUUUUAUGCCGAAAGUCAUAGAAACGCAGUUUUAUCUGGGAGCAAGAAACGUAGCUCUAAUUUAUGGCUUAAUUACUGUUCCGACCGCUUUCUUCGGAAACUUGGCCGGUGAGUCUUGAAUGUUGUUUUUUUAUCUUUCACCGUAGUGCCUCAAAUAUUGUCCGCGCGGCAUCUAGUGUCUCAGACCGAACAGCCUGUUUUGCCAGUUGUUUUGACCGAGGCUCUUUGUACUCUGGGGAUUUCGAGACCUCUUCAAUGUGCACUAAACCGGACGUUUUUUGGCGUAAUCAGGAGGAAGAGCGAGCAACUCCCUUGUGUCCAUGCAACAGCAUUUUCAUGGACCAAUUUAUUUUCAGAUCGAUAUGACUGAAACAAGUCUUACAAAUCAGUCAUCAAACACUGUAGGCUAGAAAAUAGUAUUUCGAAUGUUUUGAUAGCAUUUGUGCACGCAUACGGAACUGUGCUUUCAUUUUCGCGAGAAAAAGUGCUUCAAAAUGAUGCUAAGAAUAACUUGAUCUAUGAAAACGCCGUUGCAUAGGCUAAGUAUGGGAGGUGGGGGGUCCGAAGGAUUUUUUGGGUCUGACAUUUUGGCCAAAAGGGAUUUUUUGGCGUCUAUGAAAGACGCUGGGAUUUUUUUGGGUCGCGAAAACAACACAGGGAUUUUUUUGGGCAUUGUAUUUUUCAUCAGCUCAAAUCAACAACAACAUAAGCGCAAUUUACUGCUUAUGUGGUAUUACGGAAUAUUUCUGAGAUUGUAAUCUAUGUGAAAAGUAAUUACCUGCACUCCACGCGCAUCUAAUCCAGAGAGAAAUAUUCAAUAGGUCACGUAAUUCAAGGCCUUUCAAUGAGUCAUCAAGACCACAAUGGAAACACUGUAUACAAAGUAAACUGAGGGAUUUUUUGGGUAUGCUAAAAAAAGUAGGGAUUUUUUUGGGUAGACAAAUUCUGAAGUUGGGAUUUUUUUGGGUAUAAAAUAUGAACCUCUGUCGGACCCCCCCGUCAUUAAAAUAUGUUCGUGGGGCCCCUGGGGUUGCACACUUCUGACUAUACUAUGGGCUUCUAGCAUCUUGGAAAGGGUCGUUGGUUAUCUGCUGUUGACUUAUAGUUUAGGUAUUGUUCAUUCACUCGCACUCAUUUGCUUUAUAAAUUACAGUAGAGUCAAAUUAAAAAUUAAAGUGGGAGGUGGAAUUCGAAAAGCCUUCUUCUUGCAAGAAGACGUGAAACCUACGUCCGUAAGCUGUUGUUGUUGUUUUUUUUUUCAGGGUCAUACAUAAACAAACGCCUGAAAUUAAACACGACUCACUCCGCCAGGAUGUGUUUUAUCGUCUCGUUACUUGGUUUUCUCCUGACCACCUUGAUGUAUAUCAAAUGCGAGACACCAUCCAUUCCUGGUGUGAACACAUCGUAUCAAAAAAGGUAAAAGGCCUUAUUUCCUUUAUUUGUCACUUCUCAUACUCCUCCUGUCUCCUCCUUGGCCAGACUCCCUUACGCUUCCCUUUGACAUCGUCAAACUUCAAGUGAUCUAUCAAGCAUCAGACGCAGUCAGUUUCAUCACCAGAUGAAAUAACGAGACGAGACACUGUGUCGAAUGGUUGAUAUUACUUCUCAAACAAAAUAUUUCUUUUUAUUUGUAAAAGCAAUUGUUAAUCUCAGAUAGAGAUAUUUUAUUUCAGUUACUGUAUUUCCUCGAAGAAUAGCCGUCCCUCAUUAAUCGCCUCCCUCCGUCAAUAAUAUUCCCCCCGCCUUAAACGGAAAUAUUUAAGAUAAUCGCCUCCCUCGAAUAAUCGCCCCUCACCCCUCUCGCCAUCUUCUCUUCCUUUUCUACCCUCCUUGUCGAGGUGAAGUGGAGUCUGAUCCUGCAAAACUGAUCAUUGACGAUUCAAGCUCUGACGCCGAGGAUAUUAACAUUGAAAAUUACUCAAGGAACCAAAUUUGGAACACUAUUAAAAAAGCCGAGUUUAUUUGAUGUGAUCAGUAUUUAAUUUAAUGGGAUAAUAAAACAAAACAUUUAGGGCACGACUUCCAGUGAGUAAUAUUUGAAAUAAUCGCCUCCCUCGAAUAAUCGCCCCCUUUUGUGCGAAACAAAUAAUAAUCGCCCCCGGCUAUUAUUCAGGAAAUACGGUAUAUUCUUCUGUACAGCUCGCCGGGCCCGCCCCAGCUUUCUUCACCUUGUAACCAAGCCUGUAACUGCAGUGGGGUAAGCUAUUCCCCUGUGUGCGGAGGGUCGCUGACCUAUUUUUCACCUUGCCAUGCAGGGUGCACGAUCGCGAGCAAAACGCAGGUACCGUACCUUUAAUAUAUUGACAAGUGUAUUCACAACGGUUUAUUCAUUCCAAAAUAAGGUACAACCCGUUUAAAAAAAUUAAAACAUCACGAAAAAUCGCCCAAAAUGCUAAUAGUCGAGGACUUGUUGCGAUUUCUGAAGCUAGGAAGUGACACCAAUUCAAUUCAAUUCUUUAUUUUACACUAUACAAGGCAUUUACAAGUUGUAUACAAGUAGUAGGAAAACAACAUAGACACAGUGUCCAAAGGAGCAAGAGCUUUUCAGUUGGAGGCCGUCACGUUAAGACCAUAAAUAUUAAGGCACCCAUGAAAUUUUUUUCAGACUGGUUCCUGGUCGUACUCCAACUGUACCUGCCUGGCAGAUAUCGGUCAGUUCCCAGGAGAAGUGAACAAAGGCAUCUGUCUGGUUGACUGCAGGAUCAAGUUCACUUUGUUUUUGACACUCGUCUGCGCGACAGUAUUCCUAAUGUUUUUAAAUUUAACGCCUGCGAUGAUUGUCACCUUGAGGUUUGCACUGUUUAUAGUAAUAUAUAUUUUUAAAAUUUCUUCUAUGAAGAAACACCCCAGAUUCAACCUUGCUGCCAAGCUUUUCUCUCAGUCAGGUUUUUGCUUUCUUCCUUCCACAUCAUAUCUUUCUUGCAUUUCUUGCUGUUAUGGGCUCCUGACAUCACCCAUAAUACUCCUUGUUUUCUCCCAAAACUUUGCGUAACCUUUGUUUUUUAUUUCCACUGGGUAUUACAGUGGUCCCAAGAGAAAUAAAAGAGAAAGCUUAUGCAAAAUGUUGGGGGCAAAACAAGGUGUAUUAUGGGAGAUGUGCAGAUGGCGAAUGGUCUGAAGGGUGUAACGCUUGACUGGUUUUCGUCAUACCUAACAAAUAGGCCACAGAGGGUAUUGCAGUAAAGGGGUCACGGUGUACUUAUUCCCAGUUGUGUUGGGCUUACCUCGAAGAAACUGAUAAGACACUGACUUAUUCACGAGUUCCCCAUAGAUUUAACCAGGGGUGGUGGUGGUGGUGGAGGGAAGGGGGGGGGGGGGCUUGUAGGGGGGUGGAAGAAACGAGGCCUGGGACCGAGAAACGAUGUUCUCCCAACUUGCGAGCAGAGGCUACAGUUUCGCUGCGUGAAACCUGAAAUUCAACAUGAAAAUAAGACAACGAAGAUUUUAGACUCUAGUUCUUAGACUGUAUGUUUUCAUCAAUGUGGGUCAUUGUGUAAGGUUUAAACGAUCUUUUUUUUCACUUUUCAGGAGUGUACCAAAGGCCCAAGAGUCAUACGCGUUAGGACACCAGAUGACCCUUAUGAGAGUUUUGGGUGCUAUUCCAGGCCCGAUCGUAUAUGGAGCCUUAAUAGACCAAACGUGUAUUCUAUGGAGCUCAAAGUAACUAUCGCCCUUAGCCGUCAGCUCUCGUUUUAUGUCAUUUUAGAAUCACAUUAGGCAGAUUUUUCAGGCUACAGGUGGAAAAUACAAUCAAAAAUGAGGGCGCGCCUAAGUCCUGCGGUACUGGCACCUUACGCAUGCGCACAAGUUCCUGCUUCGCACGAUAUUCCGCGCUUAAGUUAAGUGCUGGACAUACCACAAAGGUUCCUCUUGUCUGACCAUUCCAAUGCCUUCAAAUGGUAUACAGGUGAAUCCUUGCUGACAUCGUUGUUUAAAUUUUUGCUCACUAGCGUACGGGUUAACCCAUAGAAGGCGUCGUCGUAUACGCAAAUUGGGUUCAAACGUUGAAAGAGCUGGUUAAUUUGAACAGUUUCUGCAAUUUUCAGCUCUUUGUGAUUCAGAACAAAGGAACUAGCGCAAUAAAAAUUUGCAAAAUUGCUGGGUGGCAAAACAUUAAUAAGCCAAUAUAUUCUUUGUAAAGUGUGGGGUUUUUCCAAAGAGAAAAUCUUUGGAAAAGGCUGUUGAGCCACAUGUGCAGUCACUGUGGGCGCGAUCCAUUCAACCAAAAUUCCGACCGGUCGGACCGGGAAAAGUGGUCCACCUCAAAAGGUGGACCAGCAUUUUCGAAACUUUUCCGAUUGGACCGAACCGAUCCACUGAGUUUUGGACCGAAAUUUCCGGAAAUUUUGGUUGAAUGGAUCGCGCCCUCUGACUUUCCACGCUUAUCCCAUUUUUCAAGAACGACAAAUACACCGGGCGAAUCUACUUAAAGGGGCUGUGUCACGGUAGUCCAGUUCAUUUUGUUUUAUUUUUUGCAAUUACUCGCCCUCAAUCGCUAUGGAACUUGAAGUAGGCAAAGAAAUUACAAGUAAAUUACAAAUCAGAGAUUAGAGACAAACAAAUAUGUCCCCUAAGCAUCAUUUUUUAAAGCUGCAAACAACAGUUUUCAAAAACCCUAAUUUCAAUCCGUUUCAAUCUUCUUCAGUUUUGCCCAUCCGUGGCAGCUGUUGUGUUAUUUUAACCUUCCUUUAAUAAUUUACGCGGUAAUUUUUAUGUUUCUUUUAAUUUAACGGGCAUUUUGAAAUAGCCUGAUUUGACUGAAUUUCGUGACACGGUUUCUUUAAUCAAAAUAAACCGCCCUCGGGCCAAAAUACCUGAACCUGUCUCAACCGAACUCGGCUGAAGUGGUGACGGCAAAUCAAACCACACAGCAGUGAAGGGUGAGAAGAAAAGAAAAAAGGAUAAGAGAGGUUAAGAACACCUAGUCAUGUUUUUUUCAUUGCAGGUGCGGAAAACAGGGAUAUUGCCUGGAGUACGACCACAUUGGACUUGCAAAGGUAGUGCUAGGAGUUUCAUUGGCGGUGAGAUUUCUUACCACCGCGUGUUUUGCUCUCUCGUGGUUCUUUUGUCGGCGACGCGGCGAAGGAAACAGCUCAACAGACCUGAAUGACAAGGACUGUGAAGAGACUCGCUGCAUUUAUGAAACAACUAUUUAAAGCUGAGACAGUAAAACGGACGAGCCGGUUAACAUUAAAAAAGGUUCACUUAAAAACCAUUUCUUUUAACCCAUUUGUAGACACGGAGCUGAUUCUCCAUCUGAAGUAUCAUUUCCUUUUAACUCCAUUCACUCUUCCAGUUGGAGUAACA